UAGCUCCAGUUACCCCAAGUACAGCGAGGGCACCAUCACUGUUAAAGGACACACAACUAACCCGCUCAUUUUAGGCUCAAAUUUUUUUAGGAUUCUUAACCCUCAAAUUAGCAUUCGCACUCUCACCAAAUGACAUUACUAUUACAAAAGGACUCGAUGAUAAGUUGAUAAGAAAUCAUACCACACCAAUGAUGAGGCUAAAAAAAUUUAUACAAGUUAUAAAGAAGGGGUUUCGUUUUGUGAAAAUAAGACAAAACAAGUGUCCGAGUUGAGAGACAAGGCAUACUCCUCUGCCACGCACAUGAGAUUAUUAGCCCCAGAAAUUAUUUAGGCCCACCUUAAAUGAUACACAAACUAUUUGCCUAACUAUUUAUUCGCAGCACCUACAGAAUUUUAGCAAGACGAGAUCGCCCAACGUAGCAACAAUGGAGAUAAAUGGUUUAUUCUCAGGAAUGGAUCUAGGAGGGCAAUUUACAUCAGGUACUCAAAAGAAUGCAAAUAGGAGAAGAUUUAGUGAUGAGCAAAUCAAAUUCCUAGAAUAUAUGUUCGAGUCAGGAUCAAGACCAGAGGCGCUGAUAAAGCAUCAGCUGGCGAAUGAGCUUGGACUCCAUCCUCGCCAGGUUUCCAUAUGGUUCCAGAACAGGAGAGCUAGAUUAAAAAAUAAGCUGGUUGAGAAAGAGUACAACAAGCUGAAAGCAAGUCAUGAUGCUCUAGCUUCCAGCUUUGAGUCCUUGAAAAAAGAAAAUCAGUCGUUGGAAAUCCAGCUUCAGAAGCUGAAGACUGUGCAUGCAAAACAACAAGAAAACAGAAAAUGUAGGUUGGACAAAAUUCAAAGCAGCAGCAAUCAGAGAGUUGAGAAUAGGGAAACCAACUAUAAGUCAAAGGAUGAGCCCAGCCAUCAUAACAGCUUAGAGAGCAUGCUUUCAAGUACUCAUGACAGCAGAAGUACUGAGAAGGCAGAGGAGGAAACUAAUGUUUUCAACCUGGCUGAAGGCGCAGAUGGUUCAUUGACAUCAUCGGACUGGAGUAGUCUUGACUCCAAUGGUUUUCUUGAUGAUUCGGGCUGUAGUAGACAGUGGUGGGAGUUUUUAUCUUGAUUUAUACAUGUAUUUACCCAAAAGAACGAAAAAAUUGAGCUCAUGAAUACAUCAAAUAUCCAUACCUAAGAGCUAGAGUUCAGUGUUCACCGACAUUAAUGCUUCUUAGAUCUGUGCAAGUUAUCUUUACAAUAUAGUUUGAUCCAGUCAUGAAA